ACGUAUUUGGCUCAAGGUCUUUUAUUUUGAAGUCACAGACCGGAAGCUCUCCGUCGUCAUUGUCAUCAACAGCUCUCCGGUAGGAUGUUCGCUCGGUCCUCUCCGCGUUUAGUCCGUUUGUACCCGGGUUAAACCUCAACACAGCCGAGCCGAACCGAACCGGGUCAACCGACCGAGUCCAUCAUGAACGAGACGGAGGGGCUACGGUUGCGACGGGUGCACCGACCGGUCAUCACCGACGAGCUCCCGGAGCACCGGAACAAGGGGUCCGGCACCUACAGCGGGAAGGUUUUCCAGGUGACUCUGCUCUCUCUGGGCGGCUUCCUGCUCCUUCCUCUCCUGGUCAUCAUCCUCAUCCUCGAGUCUCCCAUCCACCCCGAAGUGUUCAGUCUGAAGGAGCCUCCGCUGAUGAAGGGCUGCUGGGAGCCAAACCUGAAGCUCCGAGAGGCUCAGAGACUGUUUGAAGACCAGAUCACCGGACCAGAGUCCAUCGCUAGUAUCGGAGAUGUUCUGUACGCAGGAACAGCUGACGGGAAGAUCGUAAAGCUGAUUGGUCGAAGAAUUCACACAUUGACGAGACUCGGAAAACUUCCCUGUGGCUCCAGAGAGGAGGAGUCCAGCUGUGGGAGGCCGUUGGGGAUCCGAGUCGGACCCAACGGGACUCUGUUUGUGGCCGACGCCUACCUGGGUCUGUUCCAGGUGAACCCCACCACAGGUGAGGCGACCCGGUUGGUGUCGGGGGGUCAGGUGGUCGCCGGCAGGAAGCUGUCGUUCAUCAACGACGUGGCGGUGACUCAGGACGGGAAGAAGCUUUACUUCACCGACUCCAGCAGCAGGUGGCAGCGCAGAGACUACCUGCACCUCAUCAUGGAGGCCACGGCCGACGGACGAGUGUUGGAGUACGACACCGAGAGCAGAGAGCUGACGGUGGUGAUGGAGAACCUUCGCUUCCCAAACGGCAUCCAGCUGCUUCCUGACGAGGAGUCGGUGCUGGUGGCAGAGACCACCAUGGCCCGGAUACGCAGAGUCCAUGUUGCUGGUCUAAACAAGGGCGGGAUGGACACCUUCAUUGACAACCUGCCCGGUUUUCCCGACAACAUUCGUCCAAGCUCGACUGGAGGUUACUGGGUGGCCAUGUCAGCAGUGCGGCCGAACCCCGGCUUCUCCAUGCUGGACUUCCUGUCCCAGAGACCCUGGAUCAAAAAAUUCAUCUUCAAGGUAAAGAGAGGCAUAGAGAGACCAGGUCCAGGCUUCCAAUGACAACGACUCGCAGCUCUCCUCGUAGAGACGAUGACGACUCGCAGCUCUCCUCGUAGAGACGAUGACGACUCGCAGGUGUCCUCGUGCAGACGAUGACGACUCGCAGGUGUCCUCGUAGAGACGAUGACGACUCGCAGGUGUCCUCGUGCA